UGUGUGUGUGUGUGUCAGGCUUCAGUGAUUUAGCACACACAGUAACUACCUGAGGUUCCUUGGGGCCACUCAUCAGUCGCUGAGAUGGAUGUGAAGAUUAGCCUCCAGGACUUUAGCCACUUUAGAUAUCUUCCAGUGAUUCUGACAGCGCCAUUAGAGUGUGUUUUUCCUGACUGGGUCGAGGUGAGCAGGAGCCGGCCGGUGUACUGGGAGUGUGUUUCCUGAGCUAUUAAUGAGAUUGAAGGAGCGCGUCAAUCUCCUGAGGGAUCCAUCACGAAGACCGUCAGCAAUCCCAGCCUCACCGAUGGACUCUCGUGGAUCUCUGGGGUCAGACGCGGUCUGUAUUUAAGGCCGGUCUGAGGAUCCGCUCCACACUCUCCUCUCAAGCGGUGCAGGUCCAGGGCUGAGGUAGUGCUGUAGAGAUGGACGCGGGUGUGUGGUUCACGCUGCUGGGUGUGCUGCUGGUCAUGAGCGACGUGGGCCAGGCCAUCCCCAAAGACGACGUGCUGGAGCAGAGCCAUCUCCGGCUGGAGUCACGUGAGGACGCGGACAACACGCUGGAGAGUCGGGGGGCCGCUGAAGAGCAGGUGGAUGGUCUGCUGGAGGACCGUCUUCUGGUGGAAAUGCUGCGCUCUUUGCUCCACGGCUCUCAGAGAUACGAGCGCAACCCUUCAGUGCUGCACCAACCACAGCGGUUUGGUCGGGGGACUCGGAGUGGCUUGUCCACGGAGGAAAGGAUACAGUCCCGUGACUGGGAAACCGUUCCCGGACAGAUAUGGAGCAUGGCUGUACCACAAAGAUUCGGCAAAAAAUAGCCCCCAGAGUUUUAUAAUCAGUAGAUCUACAAGCGUCUCAUUCUCCAAACCAGUCCAAGCCAAUCAGUCCCUCUCUGCGUUUCAUCAAACCCUGUGAUAGUGAUCAGGACUCACCAAAUCAAUGAUAUUUAAAUGUAGUAAUUAUAUUGAAGUCGUGAAUGAGUGGAAGGAAAAGUGAGGCCGUGUCACGAGUAUUCAUCCUGUUAAUCGUUUGUGUCGUAUUUUCUGUGUAUAAAUAAAAGAUAAGCUGCUUGUUCAGAGAGUUUCUGGUGGUUCUUCACACUUUCUCAACAGUGUUUGAUGAGCCUUGUUUCUUGCUUUCUUUUUAGGGAACUUACAAAGAUGUUUUACGAGAGAAAUGUCACGGUUAUUCAAGAUUUGUUUUAUUUUAUAUGAUCUUUCAACGCAGCAUUGAUAACCACUGGCACAGACACAUUUGUUCACAAUGUCUGUGACGAUUAUGUUCUUUGAGCCAAAAAAAUAGCUUUACAUGAUAUUUACCAAUGACACUGUGU